AUGUUGUUCUCAGCAGCAGCCCAAGUCUUCCUCGACCAGACGGAUAUCAGAGCAACGGCUAUGAAGUUCCUCAAAGCUCUCCCGUUCCUCUCAAGUCUCUUUAUGCUACCGGCAGUGUCACCAGCAGAGUAUGUCUUCACCUCUUUCACAGAGACGAGUGAGCGCGACAUGUACAUCUGGGGCUCCUCCAAUGCAACCUCAUGGGACCUCAUCAAAGGCCCUGCUUAUACUCCCGCAACAGGACUCCUGCGAGACCCUAGUAUAAUGCUCAAAGACGGCACGUACUAUGUUGCGCACACUACUGGCUGGACAGGUAGGACCUUUGCCCUCAUCACCUCCACCGACCUCUUGUCAUGGACUCCCUUCGCUACCAUCGAGAUCACCAACACCACAAUUCAACGCACAUGGGCGCCCGAGAUCUGGAAGGAUCCAAAGACGAAGAAGGUGCAUAUAAUUGUCUCGCUGGGGACUAAUAAUCCGGAUUUCACGACGAAUCUGUACACGGCGACCAACGAUGCACUGACGGAGUGGGAGGGCCCUGUGGUGAUGGAGGGUAUCCCGAGUAAUUAUAUCGACACAGUGUUGGUGUACAAAGACGGCGUGUACCAUGCAUUCACGAAGGGGGUGCCGAAUACAGAGCAUGCGGUGGCGGAUAACGUCGAGGGGCCUUAUACACUUGUGCAGACUGGUGACUUUGCUGGAUGGGGAGAGAUGGAAGGACCUACGGUUGUGAGGUUGGCAGAUGGACGGUAUCGGAUAUUUGGAGACAGGUACAAGGAGUCGAGGUAUAUCUAUAGCGACAGUUGGGACCUGUACGAGUGGACAGCACCACAGGAUGUCCCACAGUUAUCUGGAGUAGUGAGACACGGGACUGUAAUCAGGGUAGAUAGUGAGGAGUAUGAUGACGACGAGUCAUGA